AUGGCGAACGUCCCUGGCCAGACCAACGCGGCACCGGCUGUGACAGAGUCCAUCUCCGAGUCCUCCCAGCUGUACGGCAAACCUGCCUCGCAAAUCGGGCCCCUCGACGCAAUCAAGGUUGACGGUAACAAGUCUCUAACCCUGGUUGCUGAGAAUCUCAUUCUGAAAGACCCUACGGCAACGAAAGCUCAUAGAACUUGCGGUUUCGCUGGCUUUGGCGCAUCAGCGACCUCGGCCACGCACACGAUUCCCUUGUACAACGUCCUCUGGGCCGAGCAAACGAACGAGUCCCUCGUCAUCGACUACGCCAAGCAGGUUGCAAAGAACAGGGUCCAGGCCGCCAAGUUGACCUUUGCCAUCAACGAGGCCGAUGGCGCCGACGUCCAAUCAUGGGUCGACACCCUCUUGACGAAAGCCUACGGGCCCGCGAAGCGAUGCAAGAGAGCCAAGGUCCUGGUCAAUCCGCACGCGGGCCCGGGGGGCGCCGAGAAGAAGUGGCGCGUCGACUGCGAGCCUCUCUUCAAGGCCGCGCGCAUGCCCAUGGACGUCGAGCUGACGACCUAUUCGGGUCAAGCUCUGAAGACGGCGCGGGAGGUCGACAUAGACGCGUUCGACACCAUCGUCACCUGCUCUGGCGACGGCUUGGCCCACGAGGUGUUCAACGGCUUGGCCCAGCGACCGGACGCGGCGCGCGCUCUCCGGAAGAUUGCCGUUUCGCACAUCCCCUGCGGCUCGGGCAACGCCAUGAGCAUCAACCUCUACGGCUCGCACCGGGCAUCCAUCGCCGCCCUCGCCCUCAUCAAGGGCGUCGAAACCCCGAUGGAUCUGAUCAGUAUCACGCAAGGAGACAGACGGACGCUCAGCUUCCUGAGCCAGUCACUUGGUAUCGUGGCCGAGAGCGAUCUGGGCACCGAGCACCUGCGGUGGAUGGGCGGCGCUCGGUUCACGUGGGGAUACCUCAUGAGGAUCUUUGAGAAAAAGUGCUAUCCUUGCGACCUCGCCGUCAAGGUGGAGAUCGAGGACAAACCCGGCGUCAAGGAGCAUUACAGACAGUAUACGCACAAAGCUUCAUCGACGAGCCUAGGCACGGCCGAGGCGCCCAGAGCGGAGAAUGCCGACGCCGCCCAGAACCAAGAUGCGGAGCCGCAAGGGCUCCCGCCAUUAAAAUACGGCACCAUCAACGAAGAUCUUCCCGACGGAUGGGAACUGAUACCCCAUGACAAGAUGGGCAACUUUUACUGCGGAAACAUGCCCUUCAUGGCCGCUGACGCCAACUUCUUCUCCGCGGCGCUCCCCAACGACGGCCUUAUGGACCUCGUUUGCAUCAACGGAGACGUGUCCGUAUCGAACCAGCUGAGCCUGAUCCUAGGCGUCGAUAGCGGUAAGCUGUUUGACAACCCUCUGGUUUCGUAUCGCAAGAUCUCGGCGUACCGCAUCAUCCCCCGGAACCAGAAAAACGGCUACAUCAGCAUCGACGGAGAAAAGGUGCCGUUCGAGCCGUUCCAGGCCGAGGUCCACCCAGGUCUCGGCCGAGUCAUCUCUAAGAGAGGCAAGUACGAGGGACCCGGCCCCGCGGGCUGGGAAAAGAGCAGGAUCGGGGCUUAG